CCUGCAACCUGCGCUGCACGGCCCAUCCACCGGCUCUAUGUGUUUCGUCUGCUCGACAUGUGCCAAAUCGCCAGAAGCAUCUCUCUCUAACCAACAUACAUCUGGCAACCCACUCGUCACUUCGUAUCUGCCCCUCGUCUGCACUCUGCCAGCUGUAGCUGCGACCUCAAGCCGGUAUGAACUAAGGUCGUGCCCUCGACCGUGAACACUCUUUCAAAUACGUGCAGUAGCUAUCGAUAUGACUGCAGGGAGUAUGGGCUGCAAAUGAUGUGUCUGUUCUCGUACAUGAGCAGCCUCGGGCUCUUCACACCCACAUCGCAAAGGCUACCCGCCUUCGCUCGUCAAGACUUCGCCGUGAAGGACACCCACCUGCGCUUCUCCACCCACCUGCGCUUCUCCGCUCCCACUUCGUACGUGCUCGUCUACUCACCCUGCAACUCUCCGCACCCAUUUCGUCGCAAAGGCCACCCGUCCGUGCACCACUCGCCCGUGCUUCUCAACACGCACUCCGCCGCGAACGCCGCGAGCCCGCGCUGGUCCACUGUUGCAUUCACCAUCCACCGUUGCGCUCGUCAAUCCGCCCGAGCUCGUCGACCCUCCCGCGCUCGUCCGCCACCUGCACCUCUCCACAUCAACGCUUGUCGACCCGCCCACGCUGGUCAACCUGCCUACGCUCGCCAACCUGCCUACGCUCGCCAACCUGCCUGCACCCGCCCACCCGCCUAGACCUCUCCGCACCCACUUCAUCGCAAAGGCCACCCGCCGCGCUCGCCAAUCCGCCCGCGUCCGUCCACUUGCCCGUGUCCGUCCACUUGCCCGUGUCCGUCCACUUGCCCGCGCUUGGCUAUGCCAACUGCCGCGAAGGACACCCGCCC